UAUAUAUAUAUAUAUAUAUAUAUAUAGAGUUAUUUAACUUUUUGACUGACUUUCUGACACCUUUAGAUUUUUUUGUCUGCUUUAUCUUCCUAAGCCUCUUUCCCUCCUUCCCAAGUUAUAUUAUCAUAGUUGUUUGGAAGCGUUCACUGAAGCAUGACUCACAGGAAGUCACUCAGCCUCUACUUAGCUUCUUCAUAGCUUCCACUAAAUGUUGUUCUAUCAUGUAUUUGCUAAUUGCUAUAUAUUUACUUGCUCUGGGUUGUGUCUGGUCACCUUGUUUUCAAUGAUGAUUAUUAAAUUAAACCAUGUGAACCUACAGCAACACCCUAAUCACACAGUGGUGUGUUGAGACUAGAAAAAGGGAACCAGCACAGAACAACAUAUGACACUGAUUAACAAGAACAUAACAAAGUGAAAGAAUUGGUGCUAGUGUUGGUGUGUGUGUGUGUUAUGUAUAUAAACAGAUAUGAAAGCAGUCCAUCAGAUAUUACUUCUGCUAGUAAUUGUACUUGAAAUUAAGUAGACACAAACAGGCAGCUGUGGAAUUUAACCAAAGUACAAUCGUGAUCAUACAUCAGUUUUUGGCCGGUUAUUAAAGAUUUAAACACCUAAUAGUUUAAGAUACGUAACAGCUAAAUGAUAAAACAUAAAAGCACAAAUAGAAAAGAGUCAUAAAGUCAGCAUAACUGAACUGUCACUUCACAGCAUUAUCAAUGUAUGGUUUGCUAAGGUAAUCUAAGGUAUAGGUAUAAGGUAUAAGCUAACAUUAGCCACCAGUAGCUACAGGUACUACUAGAUCAAGCAAGGCCAUCACAGCAAAAUCCCUCAGGACAUUUUUAAUGCUUGUUGAAAUAAAUUAUUUAGACUGAUUAGUGAGCACACAAGUAGGGAAGCCAAAAUACAUGGCUAAAAGAAAUAAAAAAUUUGUUUCUGUCAUUCAAACUGGCAGUAGUACAAAUCUAAACUUUACCAAAGCAACUGGGGAAAAAAGAUAAAGAACCUAAGACUAAUAGCCAUGCUAGCAGCCCUGUGAAGCGAAGGCACAUCAGUGCUUUUGGCUGAAUGCUAACAUCAUCAUAACCACAACCACAAAUGUGACAAAUGAAAAAGAGGUCAAAACUCAGGGGAUCACCGCAGCCAGCAGCACAGCUUCAGGGCGCCUGAAACAGUUUCUCCUUUCUGCCACUUGAUGGAGCUGUGACGCUGUAAAACCAGUAUAAAUAGAACCAGAAUAAAUCUGUACUUCAUGCUAAAACUGCAUUUGUGUAGUGCUGAGGUCUUGAAAUACUGGAUAACUAACUUCUGGUGCAGCAUUGUGAAAUUAACUGAAUUAAAAAAAAAAAAGAAAAGAACACAAAACACAUCAUUCAUUCAUUCAAUUCACCGUGAAAUCUCUCCUAUCUUGUUCUGUCAGACUUUUCAGAUCCUUUCAAUUAAAGACUUCCUCCCUCUGCAGAUCCCCUUGCAGACCCCUACGGUCGCCGUGCAGAGUGAUGACGAGUGUGCGCGCCCCUUCACCCUCCCAUCACCACACACAAACACGAUAUACAACAACUGAUUGUGCGUCAGUGAAUGAUGUGCAUUGAAAAGUGCUGGCUCUCGGACGUCGAUGCUUGGCUGAGCAGGUGAAAGAGAAGCAAAGGUUCUGCAGAACUGCCAGCGCUGACGCACCUGUCCGGGACCGACCCUCCCACCUCCUCUUCGACACAUCACAGGGAAAGAUCUCCGUCCCGUCCCCAGUCCGGACCUCCGAGCCAGAGGAAGAAUGGGCAACAUGGCGACAGAGAUUGUCGCCUUUCUCCUGACCGUCUCCGGGUGGAUCCUGGUGUCGUCCACCCUGCCGACAGACUACUGGAAGGUGUCCUCUGUGGAUGGGACGGUCAUCACCACGGCUACCUUCUGGUCCAACCUGUGGAAAACAUGUGUGACCGACUCCACUGGCGUGUCAAACUGCAAAGACUUUCCUUCGAUGCUGGCUCUGGAUGCCUACAUCCAGGUGUGUCGGGGUCUGAUGAUCGCCUCUGUGUGUCUGGGUUUCUUCGGUGCCAUCCUCGCCCUGGUGGGAAUGAAGUGCACGAAGAUAGGAGGCUCAGAGACCACCAAAGCUCGUCUGACCGUCCUCUCAGGCUUCCACUUCAUCCUCGGAGGCCUGUGCUGCAUGACUGCAUGCUCGAUAUAUGCUCACAGGAUCACAACUGACUUCUUUGAUCCUCUCUUUGUUGCUCAGAAGUUUGAGCUGGGAGCAGCUCUCUUCAUCGGUUGGGCUGGAUCCGUGCUGUGCAUCCUGGGAGGACUUGUCUUCUGUCUCUCCCUGUCUGAAGGCUUCAGUAUGAGAGCUGAAUACUCCUACGGUGGAGCUGCGUCAUUCGCGACAGCGCGCAACAAGCAAAGCAAGACGACUAACAGCCUCCACAAGGAAACGGGGGAGCCGUCCAGACAGUUUGGAAGAAAUGCCUAUGUGUGAAAUUGAACUUAUUCAGUUACAAUUACAUGAGUUGAUUGAGGAUUUUCUUAUAAUAUUCUGUUUUCAUAGGAAACUCUCUCACCAGUUAAAGCGAAGGACAGCAUUUACUUUAUGAACUUUUGUGCCAGAACUCACAGUUUACACAGUGGCCAGA